UUUCUCAACUGUUCUCCGUGUUGAACUCGCGUUUUUUAUAGCAGACAAAACUCAAAAGCAAGAGAAGAAACGCUGAGAUAGAGAGAAUCUGAGCGCGAUUCUUAUCCGACGAUUUAUACCUAAUUAUCGCGGCAUUCAAUCCAAGUCUUCACCCUUUCAAAAAAAGCCUUCCUUUGUGUGUGUGUGUUUUAACUUAGCUUUUGUUACAAUUUUUUUUUUUAAUUUUAAUUUCUUGAUCUCGUCUCUAGAUCACGUUUUCAUCGGUUGAUAAUCGUUGGUUGAUUCGGUCGAUAGGUCGAUAGAUUUUCGAAUUAAAUUUUAGGUUAUUUUAAAGGAGCUGGGGAAUUUGAAAUAAAUUUCUGUGCGUUUUAUGAUGUUGGACCUAACUGUUGCGUUGUGAAGUACUAUGGAAGUUGUUGCUACACGAAAGAGAAGAAGAUGACGCCUUACAUUGGUCGCGAAGCUUCAAAGCUAUGGAAGAGAAUUUGUGCAGAAACGACCACGGAAAUCAACCUUCUUAUCGAGAACUGGAAGUACUUGCUCGCCGGACUAGUUUUUCAGUACAUACAUGGUCUUGCUGCAAGAGGAGUUCAUUAUAUACAUCGUCCAGGGCCAACUUUACAGGAUCUUGGAUUCAUUCUUCUCCCUGAGCUUGGGCAAGAUAAAGCCUACAUCAGUGAGACUCUAUUCACAUUCAUCUUUUUGUCAUUCAUCUUGUGGAGCUUCCAUCCAUUCAUCUUAAAGAGCAAAAAGAUUUACACGGUCCUAUUAUGGUGCAGGGUUCUAGCAUUUUUAGUUCUUUCUCAAAUUCUCCGGAUUAUGUCAUUCUAUUCUACCCAGCUUCCGGGUCCAAACUAUCAUUGCCAUGAGGGCUCUAAACUUGCCAGGUUGCCACGACCCCAGAGUGUACUCGAAGUUCUCUUAAUUAAUUUUCCGCGGGGCGUAAUAUAUGGUUGUGGGGAUUUGAUUUUUUCAUCACACAUGAUCUUUACUUUAGUCUUUGUGCUCACUUAUCAGAAAUAUGGCACUCGAAGAUUUAUUAAGCAGAUUGCUUGGUUGCUUGCUAUUGUUCAGAGCUUUUUGAUUGUAGCAUCCCGCAAACAUUACACAGUUGAUGUUGUUGUUGCAUGGUAUACUGUUAAUUUAGUGGUGUUCUUUAUAGACAAGAAAUUGCCUGAACUGCCUGAUCGUACCAGUGGAAUUUCCCCUCUGUUACUGCCCCUGAGCACCAAAGACAAAGAUGGUAGAACUAAAGAGGAAAACCACAAGCUCUUGAAUGGGAACUCUGAUCCCUCAGAUUGGAGGCCAAGAACACAGAUCAAUGGCAAGAUUAUGGAAGAUGGAAAUGGAGUCCAUGUUGAUACGGCAAUGAACGGUGCUUAGAUGAUGGAAGCUGCCACAAAUACCACUAAUUGAAUUCUUGUAAUCCUGAAUUAAAGCUUUAGUUGCUCGAGUUAUCACCUCCUUUGCCUGAGACUGGUUUUUCUUUUUCCCAAAUGAUUUGUAUUUUAGAGAAAAUGGAGUUUGGGUAAUUAGGUUUGUAUAUUUUUGCAGUCAACGCCUCCGCUUAAGUUUUUGGUCAACAGCAUGGUCAAACAUUGGCAUCUGCAUGUAUCUUAUCACGGAAUUAUAAGAUCUCUAUUGUUGCCA